GCAAAUAUGAAAGAAGGCGAGAAAAAAGUGAACGAAUUGAUUAUUGAGAUAGCUAAGGAAGACAGAAAAAUCAUUAUUCUGAGUUCGAUAACUCUUUUAGAAAACACUAUAUUUGAAUUGGACAUGUUUAUUAGUAGGUUGCAAAGAGUAAUUUCUAACGUACAGAAUAAUGUAGUAGAUGCGUUUAUAAUAACACCUGACCAAUUGCUUUCGGAAAUAAAAAAUAUUCAGAGUAUACUCCCGGAUGAUUUGAAAAUCCCUGUUAAAUUUGAUGAGGAUAGUAUUCAAGAAAUAUUCAAAAUAUUAAGUAUUGAAAUGCACACAAUAAAUGACAGAUUUAUUUUUUCUUUAAAAUUUCCUCUGUGCCUUAUAGAAAAUUUCAACGUUUAUUACAUAUUACCUAUUUACAUUCCAAUUAAUGAACAUGGUCAAUUUCUGCAUAUGACUAAAAAUUCUAUGUAUUUGUUAAUGGACAAAAUAAUGACCAAAUAUUUUAUAUGGCCAGAUUUAAAUAACUGUAAAGUAGUGGAUAAAAUAUUUGUUUGUGGAUUUAAUGAAAUUAUACAUAAUUGUGACACGGACCCCACAUGUGUAACAGAAUUAGUAAAAAAUUCUUUAACUAAACCACCUCAAUGUGAUACUUAUAUCUCUGAAUUCAAAACAGAAAUGUGGUAUCCCUCAUUUUUCAAAAAUCAUUGGUUUUUCGUAUGUGAAAAACCCACUACAAUUACUAUAAUUUGUAAUAAACAGUCUUUCACUCAAAAAAUUAAAGUUAAAAGUUCUGGAAAGUUAUACUUGAAGUCUGGGUGUAUUGCUUACACCUCGAAAGGUGUACUAAAAACUGAACAAAUAUUAAAUCAAACAUAUUUCUCAAUUCCAGUAGACUUAUCUCUUACAAAUGAUUCAUGCUGUAAUGUAUUCAAUUUUUCUAAUCAGGCCUAUCCCAAACCUAUCCACUUCGAUGAAAUAAAAAAUAUUAAAUUUAAUAAAGAUGCGUUCAAUACAAUAAAUAAACAAUUAGACCAACAAGAUAUGUUAAUAAAUUCGCUUAUUGUAGAUAAAACGUAUGAAUUUAUAUACACAAACAAAUAUUUAGUUGUCAUAAUAAUAGUUUUUUUAAUAUAUUUUAUCGCAAAAUUUUAUUUAAAUAGGAAAGCAAAAAAAUUAGCUAUAGAAAACAUUAAUUUAAGUUACAAUCCUCCAAGUUCUAAAAAUUAA